AUGUCCGAAGAGACAGAUCGUCAUGGUGAAACGAGUGAUGGCGUCACAAACCCAACGCGGGUGUUGUUGACCUCUCACCUACUGGAGACUGGUAGCAUUGAGUCGCUCCGCACCGCGUGGAGAAAUCAAGAUUUGUACAUAGAUCAUCUCGAAACUUUGAACAAACAGCUGGAAGGCAGCUUGGAAAAAGCGAAAGAGAUAGAAGAUAGGAAUAAACAACAAUAUGCGGAAUCACAACAUAGGGAGAAAGUACUUGUUAGACGCCUUGCUGCUAAAGAACAGGAAAUUCAAGAUUAUGUAAGUCAAAUAAAUGAAUUGAAAUCCUCACAUGCCAGCCUUCAAGGACGGCCAACGCUAUUAGACCCAGCUGUGAAUGUGCUUAUCCUGAGGUUAAAACAAGAACUUACAUCAACAAAGGCGAGAUUAGAGGAAACACAAAAUGAACUCUCAGCAUGGAAAUUUACUCCCGAUUCUAAUACAGGGAAAAAGCUCAUGGCUAAAUGCAGACUGCUGCACCAAGAAAAUGAAGACCUUGGCCGGAUGACAUCAAGUGGUAGAAUAGCAAAACUGGAGGGUGAUUUAGCGCUGCAAAAAAGUUUCAGUGAGGAAGUAAAGAAAUCACAAUCGGAGAUGGAUGAACUGAUGCAAGAGUUGGACGAGGAUGUUGAAGGCAUGCAGAGUACAGUGUUAUUCCUGCAACGUGAAUUGCGUGCAACACAUUCAACAGUUAACGGGAAUCGGACUUCAUCCCCAGCAGAUAAACGGACUUACUCGGGCAGUGAGUGUAGCGACACGCCGGUCGGGAAAAGGAGACGUGCCUCCGUCCUCUCUCUAGACUAUAAUGAAGAAGAGGAACCGUUAACAGUGACGAACGGCGAUGCGGAC